AUAACCCUAUUGUAUUACAGGAGUACAGUUUCCAAAUCACGAUGAGACAGCAGUGGAAUGAUAACAGAUUAGUGUACGAGGAUCGGCUGAAGGAGAAAAUGAAAGAAAGAAUAAAAUACCUGACAAUGACGGACGCUUCUAAAGUGUGGAUGCCGGAUACAUUUUUCAGGAAUGAGAAGAUUGGAGCAUUUCAUAAUAUUCUUCAACCUAAUCUCUACAUUAGGAUCUUUCCUAACGGAGAUGUACUCUAUAGCAUCAGGGUGUCUCUGACUUGCGGCUGUUCGAUGCAUUUAGCUCUGUUCCCCCUGGAUGAACAAACUUGUGCUCUCAAUAUUGCCAGCUAUGGUUGGACCAAGAGUGACCUGGUGUACGUGUGGAAGGAUGAUGAUGCUGUUCAGAUCCCCGGAAAUCUAUCCCUUCCCGGGGGAUUUAAGCUAGGGGGGUACGGGAACCAAUACUGCGACGUCGUAACGGCUACAGGUGAAUAUUCGUGUUUACAAGUUGACCUAAUGUUUGCCCGGCAGCUAUCCUUCUUCGUGGUCACCAUCUAUAUUCCCUGCUCCAUGACCGUGACCGUUUCAUGGUUCUCUUUCUGGCUCGACCACAAAGCGGUUCCUGCUAGAGUUGCUCUGGGAGUUACAACUCUGCUAGCUAUGUCGACAACUCAGGCCAGCAUUCAGAAUUCUCUACCCCCUGUAGCGUACACAAAGGCCAUUGAUGUCUGGUCUGGAGUCUGUGUAUUCUUUGUAUUCAGCGCUCUUCUAGAAUAUGCUCUUGUUAACUACGCAUCCAGGUCCGAUGAACAGAGGAGUGUAAAGCAAAAGGAACGCAAGGAACGUGAACUCGAACACUGUUCCUUUAAUCCGGAACGGCUGGAGGAACAGGGAGCUCCGUUAUCCAUGGAUCCGCUGAUGCGAAGGAUUGAGGGUGCUCAUAUGAUCCCUCCUUCGGCAUACCUUCACCAUAACAGAAUACCUAUCCGCAGACCCAACAAAAUAUCACUCUGGAUGAAGAAUUUCCAGUUUCAGGCGAAGAAGAUCGAUGUAUUCUCGAGAGUACUGUUCCCCUUCGUGUUUGCUAUGUUUAAUGCUUGGUACUGGAGCUAUUAUCUUUCAAAGGCCCAGUCUCAGAAAGAAAACAAAGCCUCUUAAGAGAACUAUAAACUGGUUGAAAAAUGAACAAUCUUACAUCUUGAUGUUUUAUCUUUUAUUGAAUGUAUAGAAAUUAGGGUUUUCGUAAUUUUUCGUAGCAUUUUAUUCGGAAUUUUCUUUCAGAUAUCCGCACAAAAUUAUCCUAUUUUGAUUUUAAAAAAUUUCGCAUCAAAAGUAAAAUUUUGGUAACAUUUCGAAUUAAAAUAAUAUGAAAAAAGCUUGAACCCCUAGUUAAAAAAAACUGUAACAACUCUAUGUAGUUGUAUAGAAUGUUUAUAAUAUAUGUAAUAUUUGAUGUCUUACUAAGUAUUCAUAAUUUAAAGAAAUUUAAAAACUAUUUAUAUGAGAAAAUUGAAUUAAGGUAGUAAUUAGGCAAAAUCUACGACCCAAAAAAAAUUUUAGGCUAAAAUUGAUUUUUGACAUAAAUAACAGAUAGUUUUUGUUAAUUUUUUUAUUUCUAAGAUUUAAAAUGUUUUUAUUAAAAGUCAAAGUAGAGACAUAGAGUUGUAAAAGAACUCACUAUGAUAGUUAUUGUAAACUUAGCAAAUGCAGAUAUGAUUGCAGGAAAUAUAAUUGCCAGAAAUAUAUGAUUGGCCUGAACAUGAAUACUAGAUUUAAUUUUCUAGUAACUGCGUUUCUAGUAAUCACGUUUCCAGCAACUAUGUCGGUCAUUUAAUCAUAUAUAUUAAUGUAUAAAUGUAAUAAUUAAAUGUUAUGGAUAACAGGGGAUAUUUAAGGAAUAACUUUUUUUAUUUUAAGAAACUUGGUUUAGCAAAAUACAUGUAUGUACCCACCAAGCCAUGUAAUUCUAGCAUUUUUCCGUUCAUUAGUUCCCUCCCCCCACCCCUCUCAUUCAUCUUUAUAAAAAAAAUUAUUAGUUCUUAUCUGCUUUUAUUGCGUAUCUUUUUUAUGUUUUUUCCUGUCCAUUUUUGUGUUUUAUUUGCUAAUCUUUAUUCUCAAAUUUUUAUUAUUUUAAUUUUUUUUUUAGACUCAUUUUCAACCUACAUGAGCACUUUUAUACAGCGGUAUGGUGCUUAUACUGCUCAACUCCGCGUUGCUCAGUUUAUUUACAAACCAAUCAAUCAAUCAACCAAUCAGCUGAUUGCAUCUCGCGGAUUUAUUAAUUGAUUGAUUGAUUGGAACCUCGUGUAAGGACUUCUGUGAUACAUAAUUGUAACGUUUAAAACAAUAAAUAGUUGUAAUUUC